AAUUUGAUCAGUUCUGUGCAAACUUAAAUGAUAAAUAGAAGUUGAAUUAAAAAAUGGUUCCCCAUUUCACAUUUUUACUCUUUUGUCUAGCAAUAGCUUCAGUUUGUGGAAAUAUGUACGAAGUCAGCAUCGAUUCGUUCGAGCCGGACGCGGACAUCGACGCGAGCUACCUCACGAUGGGAACGCUCCGGGUGACGCGAAAGAAGCGCAACAGCUUCAGCCUGUCGGGGGACUUUGAGGCGAACCAAAAUUGGGGCAACGAAAACGUGGGCACGUUCGAGGUUCGGGGCAAAGACGGCAGCGGGCCCGUCUUACUCAGUGGGAAGCACCACUUUUGCGACUUUUACAAUUUGGACAUGGAGAUGGUGAAGGCGGUGAUCGCGGCGUCCAACAUGCCACCGCAGGGCACGUGUCCACUGCCCAAGGGCAAGUACGCGAUCGAUGGGUUCGAGAUACAGGAAAAGGACCUGCCGGUGGUGGUCAUGAAGGACAAGUACGUGGUGAGCGCCAGGAUGAUGUCGCCGGAUGGGAAGCUGGUGGUUGGGUACAAGGUUCGGUUGACUGUUUCGUAAGGAAUGGAGGUUGACAAAUAGAGGGGUUAUUCGGGAACAUUAACUGCUAAGGCACAUUGCAUUUUAAUAUUUUCGACAAAAAAGCUAAAUGGUUUAAAAAAACGAUGGAAUUAAAUCAUUAUAAAAAUCUU